AUGACUCGACAUGCUUCAAAUGACCCUGUGAAAAUCCUCGAUCAAGAAGUCAUUACUCCGUACCUGCUCAUGGGCUUGGUAGGAGCAGCAGCAAUUGUGAUCCUCGUAUUCGAGCAACGGCCUCAGCAUUACAACGAGCGCGCUCUACAUCUCCGCGCCAACCCCAUGCUGAACUCCUCCUCUCCAGAGCCCGAGGACUCCGAUCACCAAUCCACUCCGCAUGAGUUCUUUACUAGACAUACGACGCCUCCACAGUCCUUACGAGCCUCCAUAUCCCCACCGCCCUCUCGGGCCAGAAAAACCACGCUUCAUCCUAUAAGCUACUCUUCUGGGCAAGACCCACGUUCAGCCCAUCAAUCAGAAGACACCGCGGCCUCCCUCGCAGCAGUCGAAGCAGGGGAAGCUCAGAUCCGCAAUCACCUCGAACAUUUCUCCUCCCACCUCUCUGCUUCCGCCAAACCGUCUGCACCUCUCUCAAUUCAUGCUUUCGAGGAUCUCUACAAGCGAAACCAGCACGAGCAUGGGCGCCAUUGGGUUAUACAUCAGCAUGAUCACCCUGUUGCAGGCGUCCACUACGAUCUAAGGCUGCAGAUCAAUGAGACGAGCUCGAUCAGUUGGGCGAUUAUGUAUGGGCUGCCGGGAAACGCUAAUAGCAGGAGGUUGAGCAGGAAUGCGACAGAGACGAGGGUGCAUAACGUCUGGAACCACCUCAUUGAGACUGCUUCCGCGUCUACGGGGAGCCUACUCGUUUGGGAUACUGGAGAAUACGAGAUGCUGCCAUAUCAUGAGAACAUCGAGCGGGUGACCGAUGACGAGCUGUCAGGCGACUCUGAUGGGGAUUGCAAACCUUCCUCGAACCUUUCGGACAGUGAAAAGCUUCACGCAGCUUUUCAAAACCCAGCUCAGCGCAAGAUUCGGGUUCGCCUCCAUGGGACCCGUCUACCACCAAGCUACACCUUGUCCAUCCGUCUCCUGAGUUCGGAAAAUCGCCAUGAACAGCCUGCCAAACCAUCCAGGAAACGCCGUAGGAAAGUCUCCACGGAUAGGCCUUUAGCACAAGCAACUCCGCCUACCUCUGAUCUCGAUGACGAUGAGGUAGUGCCUGACGCUCACCCUAAAUCAAUGGACGUAUCUUUGUUAGCUUCUGAGCGCGAGAUUGCGGAGCAGGAAGAUGAGGAAGUCCGCCUCACCAACACAUAUCCUGGCGCUACCAACAGCAUCGGCUCAAUUCAUCAACGAAGAUGGUACCUUUCAAUGGACCGGUACGCUUCUGGCUUUUGUCCGGUGCGGAUAGGAAAUCGUAGUGAAGGCGGCAGGAGAAUGUGGAUGAGGAGAAGGGAGGGUGAGAGGCUGCUGGGCUUCGAGCCGUUCUAUGUCAUGGGCAGAGAACUGGAGAGAAGUGUGGUGACUGGCAGGACUGCCGAUGAGGUAAUGGCUGAUGAGGGAGUGCAGGGGUUUGUGGGGAGGAAAGGUUGGAGGCCCGUGACUGAGUGA